GGAAAGAGACUGGGAUAUGCAUAUGCAGCUGCCUAAAGCAGGCUACAUGCUGGACUGCAACAGAGAGGAAACAAUAAAUCUUAACUACUAUGCAAUAAAUAUUCCCAAUUUUAACUAAGGAAGCUAUCCUCACAGUGAAAUUAAAAAACUAACAGUUUAUCCAAGCCUGAUUUUUAAAGUGCACUGCUCCAGUCCUUUUUCCAAAGGCUUUAAGGGAAAUUAAGAACAAAUUUAAACAAAGAGGAAGAAAAAGUUUUUCUUAAAGCAGGAAAAGAAAGUAAUAAUAACAUGUCAGUUUUCCUUUCCUUUGCUUUCCUGGCAGCGAUUCUUGCUCAUAUAGGCUGUAAUAACCAGCGUCGGGGUCCAGAAGCCAGUGGGAGAAGAUUUAACCGGAUUCAGCACGGGCAGUGCACCUACACUUUCAUCCUGCCAGAACAGGACGGGAACUGUCGUGAAAGCACGACAGACCAGUACAACACAAAUGCUCUUCAGAGAGAUGCUCCUCACGUGGAACAGGAUUUCUCUUCCCAGAAACUGCAACAUCUGGAACAUGUGAUGGAAAAUUACACUCAGUGGCUGCAAAAACUUGAGAACUACAUUGUGGAAAACAUGAAAUCAGAGAUGGUGCAGCUGCAGCAGAAUGCUGUGCAGAAUCACACUGCCACCAUGCUCGAGAUAGGUACCAGCCUCCUCAGCCAGACAGCAGAGCAGACAAGAAAACUUACGGAUGUUGAAACCCAGGUGCUAAAUCAAACAUCCAGACUUGAAAUUCAGCUACUGGAAAAUUCACUGUCAACAUACAAGCUAGAAAAACAACUGCUACAACAGACACAUGAAAUCCUAAAAAUUCACGAGAAAAACAGCUUUCUUGAGCACAGAAUUUUGGAAAUGGAAGAAAGGCACAAAGAGGAGCUGGCCACUUUGAAGGAGGAAAAAGAGAAUCUACAAAGCUUAGUCACACGACAAAGCUACAUAAUCCAGGAACUAGAGAAGCAGUUAAACAAGGCAACAAGCAAUAACAGCGUCCUACAGAAACAGCAACUUGAAUUGAUGGAAACAGUUCACACUCUGAUCACCCUCUGCUCCAAGGAAGGAGUUUUACUAAAGAAUGCAAAAAAGGAAGAAGAAAAGCCUUUCAGAGACUGUGCAGAUGUAUACCAAUCUGGUUUUAACAAAACUGGGGUCUACACUAUUUAUAUUAACAAUGUGUCAGAUCCUAAAAAGGUCUUUUGCAAUAUGGAAAUUGCAGGAGGAGGAUGGACAGUUAUACAACAUCGAGAAGAUGGGAGUGUGGAUUUUCAGAAAAGCUGGAAAGAAUACAAAAUGGGUUUUGGUAGCCCAUCAGGUGAACAUUGGCUGGGAAAUGAAUUUAUCUUUGCAAUAACAAGUCAGAGGCAAUAUUCUCUAAGAAUUGAAUUAAUGGACUGGGAAGGAAACCGAGCAUAUUCACAGUAUGACAGAUUUCACAUAGGAAAUGAAAAACAGAAUUACAGACUUUAUUUGAAAGGUCAUAGUGGAACUGCUGGAAAACAGAGCAGCCUGAUCUUACACGGUGCUGAAUUCAGUACAAAAGAUGCUGACAAUGACAACUGCAUGUGUAAAUGUGCUCUCAUGUUGACUGGAGGGUGGUGGUUUGAUGCCUGUGGACCCUCCAAUCUCAAUGGGAUGUUCUACACAGCUGGACAAAACCACGGAAAGCUCAAUGGCAUCAAGUGGCAUUACUUCAAAGGCCCCAGCUACUCCUUGCGCUCCACCACCAUGAUGAUUCGGCCCUUGGACUUCUAAAGACACUAAACAGUGGGUCCCAGAACCAGCCAGGAUGGCACUGCCCUCAGCAGCAACACUUUACAAUCUGAAGGUAAAAGGUGAAGGACUUCU